AAAUCAGCUGUUUUGUCUGUCAUGAAGACGUGAAACCAUUUGGAUCGAUGAUUUGAAUACCUACGUUAUUUUAUUACGUCAUUUACAGUAGCGAAAAAACACAAAAAAUUCCAUCAUGAUGCCGAAAAUCUCGGCGCCAAAACACCCACGCAUCAUUUGAUUUUAUUUCCUACUCUUUCUAUUUUCGUUCAGCAGCAGUCAGUCAGUGUUCGCGGGUCUGUGAAGUGCGCGCGUGUUUCGAAAAUGGUGUCUCUCGCAGUUUUCGAUUUUGAUCGUACGAUCGUAGAUGACGAUUCAGAUGCCACAAUAAUAAAUAGAUUAAGGGAAAAACAGCCGCCGCCUGAGUGGGAAUCGACUAACCACGAUUGGACUCCAUACAUGAGCGAUGUGUUCCAGCACGCAUACUCAGCGGGUCUCAGCGAAGAAGACAUUCUGUCAGCAAUAGGCUCCAUGCGGGAGUGUCCUGGUGUGUCUUCGUUGUUGAAGUCCCUGGCAGCUUCAGGGUGGGACGUGUUACUGCUAACUGACGCUAACACAGUCUUUGUGAACCAUUGGCUGAAGGUUCACGGACUGGAGGACACGGUGACACAAGUGAUGACCAACCGCGCUUUCUGGAAUAACGGCAGAUUGUACAUCGAGCCGCUAAUGAAGCAGACCGCGUGCUCCCGGUGUCCCACUAAUCUAUGCAAGUCCAUUGCGCUCGCGCAGUUCAUAGCUCAAAGGCCAGCUUACAAAACAGUAGUGUACACGGGAGACGGCAGAAAUGAUUUCUGUCCAGCCACCAAUCUACCCCCGCAUGCUACAGUAUUCCCUCGCCGAGGAUAUCCUCUCGACGACUUAGUGAAGAAGACAUUAUCGUCCCCCGCCCCCCUCAUCCAGGCUAAAGUUGUCCCAUGGGACGAUUGUUAUGCGAUAAUAAAAGAACUGUUCCCAGAAAACAAUGUUAUAUCUUGAUAACGUUUAGAACCAUACAAAUCUCCCUGGCAUUUUGCACCAUACAUUUCUAUUAAUUAUAGGAUACCCUUAAAAUCAAAUUAAAAUUAGACUUAAUAUAAUAGAACUUCUAACAAGGUCCAUUUUAUUUAAUUUGAUGUAUAAUUGCACACUAGCGCAGUCUAGUCUCAACUAAAAAAUCCUCUUUAGAUAAAAGAAUUUAUUGCGAAGUAUUUUAGUUUUCCACCACACAAUGUACAGUCCACUAAACCGAAAACGGUGGCCAUCGAAAUCUUCACAGUAGACUGUAAUGGAAAACUGUAAUAUUUUGCAAUAAAUUCCUUUAUCCAGUGUAGAAUAAUUUGGAAAGAGCAUUAUUAGCUUUCGCUAAUAAACACAAGAAAUUGGUAGACAUGUGAUGGUGGCGCUAGUGUGCAGUUACGUAUCGCCUUAAGAUGAAUUAGUGUAAUUAAAAUUAGACCCAAUGACCCCAUAAAACAUAACGUAUUCGAUAAUUUAACAGUUUCUUAUGUGCUUAAAAUAUUUUGUAGAGAAAAUUCAAUAAUUAAAACUAUGUGGAAACUUUUUACAUGUUAGAACUCGUGAGGGAAAAGGUGACCUUCCAAGCGUUUAGGUCCCACUUGGGCGGUAUUGAGUUAAGGCUGUAUUCACAUAGUUAAAUAGUCGGUUGAUCGUUUUUCUUAUAGCCUGUUUAAGUGUACCACAGCUGGGCAAAGGCCUCCCCUUUCUGCUUCCAUAGAUUUAUAUCCCAGAAAUCCUUCUAUGUCGUCGCGUCAUCUUUUACACGGUUUGCCUCGUCUCCUCCUCCCUGAUGGUACCCAAAAGGUAUCCAGGCGAGCUCAUCUUUACAGCGGCACUUAAACGUAGCUGUUUUUUUGAUUGGUUGAUCGUUAUGGAAUAAAAAAAACAAUUUACUUUAUUCACAUUUAUUGGAAAACAAAAAAAUUCAAAGUUCACACUCACAAAAAUCUAAUUGUUUGGUAAACAGACUUAAGUUCAAACUGUAACAGCCAGAGUUCUAGUCACUAAACAUACAAUUGCAAUUUUCUCACGUCGUGUACACGAUUUAGAGACGUUUACUGUAUGAGAACAUAGCACUUUGUAUGUUGCAUUAAAAUCAAUUAAAAUCGCAAAAUGCUUUUUUCACAAAAUUUUAAAUAUCUCGCAACUAGAAUCUGCCCAGUGGGUACCCUUUUGCUUGGAACGCUUUUAUAGUUUUCACAUCUCGCCGCCACAAAUACAUUGCUGUGAUUAAUAAUAAUAUAUUUAUUUUAUUCUAACUAAACAUGAUAUGAAAUAAUAUCCGUUAUUCACAAGAAAGUUAACAUACUUAGCUAAAGUAUGUUAUGGCAAAUCUAUAUAUAUAAAACUCUUGCGUUACUGAGUGGCUGACUGACAGACAGACAACGUACAGCCGAAACUACUGGGCGUAGGAAGCUGAAAUUUGGCAUGUAGGUUCCCUGGGGAGUGUAGGUGAGCACUAAGAGAGGUUUUUUGGAAAUUCAACCCCGAAGGGGGUGAAAGUGAUGGAAAAGUUUUAUAUGAAAGUUUUACACCGUUGAAGAUAGUGACUUGCAAAAUUUGGAUUUUAGUUGUUUACAACAAAUUAAUAAAUAACGUGUUUCAGAUUUCUUUAAAAUUAACCCUCAACCCCUAAAAAGGGUGGUGAAAGAUUGUAUAGGACUUCAUACAAUUUUCAAGAUAAAAAGCUGAAAAUUGGUAAACAUACUCUUCAUCAUUUUUCAUAAAGAAUGACCGAGAUUUUACUUUGAAAUUCACGCGGGCGAAGCCGCGGGCAAAAGCUCGUAUAAAAUGCAACAGUGACAUAACAUAUUUUAGUUCAAAGUGAGCAUUAUAUUUUUUUAUGAAUAACAGGUAAAGUUGUAACGUUCUAGAAAUUUACGAAACUCUGUAAAAACAUUCUCAAGAAUUUCCGUCAGAUCACGUCCCGUGAUACUGGGAAUUUCUCUUUGGUGAGGAAUUCUCAAGGGAGUUAAAUUUCUCCUAGAUAACAUAAUUUCUUAACGGCACAUUUUGUAUUAUAA